CGUAUGACUACAUCAACCGUGUUGUGAUAACGCUUCCGCUGUCGGUCUACGAGGGCCGAGAGGCAGAAGCUGGUGUACAUUCUUGGGACCGAGACGUGCAGCUUCCCGAUGGCGGUUCGCGGGGCCACCGCAAGUUCAUGAGGAAAGACGCCCUUGAACGAUCGGAGAAUAUGAAGCGUGAUGGUUUCACCAUCCGCUGCGACAUCAUGGUAUGCAGCGCGGAGGAUGACGCCGCUGGUGGCACUGCCCCGCCUCGCUACAUAUGCCAGCAUUUUAACACUCUCCUUGAAAGUAAGGUGGGUGCUGAUGUGACGUUCGAGGUCAGCGGCGAGACAUUCGCUGCACACCGGUGCGUGCUUGCUGCCCGGUCGACGGUCUUCAUGGCGCAGCUCUUUGGCCCCAUGAAGGAGGGCACCACGUCCAGUGUCAUACGGAUCGAAGACAUGGAGGCAAAAGUGUUCAGGGCUCUGCUUAGAUUCAUCUACACAGACUCUUUUCCUGAGAUGGAGAAGGAAGGCAUGCAGGAGGAAGCACAAGAUGUGGAACAAGGACAAGAAGAGGAUGAAAUGCGGCUGCAAUGGCUGCGAGGCUUAUUUACGGCGGCAGACAGAUAUGACCUCCAACACCUCAAGUUCAUCUGUGAAAAGCGGUUGUCUGAGGACAUAGGUGUGAGCUCGGUGGCGGCCACUCUUGUUCUGGCCGAGCAGCACGACUGCAGCGGGUUGAAGAUGGCGUGCUUCAAGUUUAUUCAAGCUCAAUCUUCCUCCUGUUUGAAAAGGGUAAUGUCAACUAAUGGAUGGGGGCAUUUAAUGACGACUUACCCCUCUAUUUUGAAUGAGGUCAUUGCCAAGCUUGUUUCGAAAAAACGAAAGAAGCACUCUACAUAGAUUGUAGUUCUAGGUCUUGCUUUUGUCUCGUCCUGUAAUUUGCCUAUAUGCUGCAGUAUCAGAAAGAUCCAACAUAUGGGCAAAUUGUCUCUUUAUGGAAUGGAUGGUCUGCUAUUUCAGGUGUAGAACUGCAUUGCAGCCCUGUGCAAGUUCCCUAGCUAGGCAGUCUUAUCCUCGUGUAUUUCUCUGUGCACUAAUUGUGUUGUAUAUUAUUGCUC